GGGGUGGGCGUGCGGGGCGGCGGGCGCUGCGGCCGGCGGGCCCCGGCGCUGCUGAGCGAGAGAAAUGUGAGCCGGCUGCACCACUGCGGCGGCACUGCGGGCGGCAGCCGAGCGGGAGCGCGCAGGCAGCGCCCGCGCCCGCCGAGCCCCGCGGGACAGCGCGGACGGAGCCUGCCUGCUGCCUGCCUGCUGCCUGCACCUGCCGGAGGGGGAGCGGGGGGAGCCCGAGCUGCAGCCCCCCCCCCCGCCCCGGGCAGGCAGCCUGCGCUGUCGGCCCGGCAGUGUUGCAUCAGCCCCGUGCGGAGCGGGGGCUCCGCGGCCGCCGGAGGAGCCGGGGGAGGGAGAGCGGAGCCGCGGGGCGGGAGGUGCCUCCCCGGCGGCGCUACCUGCCGCCUCCCCCCGGCAGCUGGUCCCCGCGGAGCAUCCGGAGGCAGAGGAGGCGGCGGGAGCCCGGCGCCGCCAGCGCUGCCGUUGUGCCCGGUACCCCCGCCCUGCGCCGGGGAAGCUGCUGGGGGAGGCGGCGGGGCCGUGGGAAGCGGGGCCGGGAGCCGCGGCCCUGCCGGGAGCGGCGGUGGAGACCCGCCGGCAUCCUCGGGGAGCCGGCACUCCGCACGGGCAGCGCCCGCAUCCCUCUGCCUUUCAGAUAACCUUUAGCCGCUCGGGCCUCCCAGCCUUUACCGGGGAGAGAGCGGGGGUCUGGAGGCUAAACUGGGGACACGGCCGCGCCGGCACCCCCCGUCCGAGUCCGAGGCACGGCGGGGCCAAUGCAGUGAGCACGAAGCUGAGCUGGGGACUGCGGUGCCUGGGACAGAGGAGACAAGGUGUGUGGCAGCCCGGGCACCAGCCAAGGUGAGCUGCCCUCCGGCGCGGGAUGCUCCCUGGGCCCCUGCCCCGCGGGAGCUGCUGGUGACGACAAGUCGGAGAGCCAGGAAGUCACAGCAAAGGAAUUUGCAAACACAUUCUUCAGCACCACGAGGAUCCCAGGGCCUGUAAACAGGAAUAAAGGCUAGGCAGAGGCGGGGACCGGGGAGAGGUGGGGGCUGCCCUGGUUCCUGUGAGACCCCCUCCGGACUCACCUGCCCCGGGCAGCACCUGGCACCACGGACCCCAAUUCACCGUUCCCGGCUGCAGCUGAUCUGGCACAGGAAGUGCCAGCGAAGGUGAAGGGGGGCUGCCAAGUGACGGCCAAUGUCACGUUAACAUCCUGGCGAAGCGCUGUGGGGAGCUGACUCUUUGAUCACCUGCCCAAGAGCAUCUUCCAAGGCAGGAAGGAUGCCACUGUGAGCUCUGCCCUCCCCUGCACGCCCCAGCCUUGCACCCGGCACCCUCGGGCUGGCUGGAGAAGAGGGGUGCGGGGCCCGCUGGCGCUGCCCCGUCUCCCCAGGAUGCUCUCCCACACCAGCAGCUGCUCCCUCUGCUCCUGCUCUGCGGCCAGACCGAGAUUGAAAGCUCAGCAGGCUGCCAGUAUGUUUUAGCCUCAUGCAGGCGUCCCUCGGAGACCCCAGAGCAGUGGACAGUAAUGUGAAAACGAUACUCAUGUCGUGUCUGAAAGGGCAACAGGUCAUCAUUAAAAUGGAGGCGAUGAAAAUCAUCCACCCGGAGAAGUUUUCGGAGCUGCAGGCCUCGCAGCCACGCUACGCGCCAGCCCCACGCCGCGAGCCACCCCUCGUGGCCAAGCGCGCGUGGCCUUCUGAAUCCGAGAUCAUUGUCAACCAGGCGUGCGGGGACAUCCCCGCCUUGGAUGCCACCCCCGGGCCCCUUCCGCUGCCCCGGACUCCCCCCCUGCCGCGGCGAGAGCGUGGGUACCAAAGCCAGCGGAAGGGCAGCUCUGAGGUCUGCUACCACCGGCAGCCGCCAUCAGAUGAGGUCAUCGUCAACCAGUACGUGCUGCACCCCUCGACGCCCUGCGAGCCCCUCGAGUGCCCCACCUGUGGCCACAUGUACAACUUCACCAACAAGCGGCCCCGCAUCCUCUCCUGCCUGCACUCGGUGUGCGAGGAGUGCCUGCAGAUCCUCUAUGAGUCCUGCCCCAAGUACAAGUUCAUCUCCUGCCCCACCUGCAAGCGGGAGACCGUCCUUUUCACCGACUACGGGCUGGCGGCGCUGGCCGUCAACACCAGUAUCCUCAACAGACUACCGGCCGAGGCCCUGGCCACCAACCCUGUCCAGUGGAGCAGCGACACCGACCGCAGCUGCUACCAGACCUUUCGCCAGUACUGCGGGGCUGCCUGCACCUGCCAUAUCCGAAACCCGCUGUCUUCCUGCACCAUCAUGUGAGCCCCGUGCCCCUGCCCGCACCUCCUGGCAGCAGGGUGGCCGGCGGGUGGGAGGGGACAGUGUUGCUCCGCGGCUGAUCCCCAGGCCCUUCUUUGCUGGUGGCACAGCCUGGGGAUGCUCACCGUGGCCAAGGACGUGGGACUGGUGUCCUCACUGGCACUGGUGGGGGGUGAUGGGGACGCUGGGACCUGGCGUCAGCCCCCUACACCCAGUGGUGCCUGGGCAGAGGGACGCUGGGAUGGGGAGUAUGUCCACCAGCGCAUCCAGGGGCUCCGGCUCCCCCCAGUCCUGCAGCAGGUGCCCCUGCUGUGCAUCGAGCAUCUCACCAUGUUCCUUCCCUGGGCACCUUCUCCCUCCUCUCUCCCUGUGGCUCCCGAGAGUGGACGCUGGGUCCUGACCGGAGUGACACCAUCCCCAUCGCCCCGCGGCCGCCGGCGGCAGCACAAAGAGCCCUGGAGGUGCCACGCUGGGUCACCCACCCCGCAAAAGAGGCGAGGACAGGUCCCCAGCUGCCCCCCCCUCCUCUGUAAGUUAUUUGCCAAAGCUUUCAUCUCAGCGGCCACGCCGCCAUGCACCCGAGUUGUAGCCAUGCCAAGCCACUGCACCGGCCCCUCGGUUGCGAGCAGACACACGGCCCGUUUCCUCCACAGGCCCUUGAGGAAAGCUCCACUUUAUCCUCGUUUUGGAGGAUUCUUCUUUUUUCCCCAUCUGCCCCCGGCCUCCCUGUCCCAGGCCGCUACGCAUUCACAAAGGCAUUGAGCUGUGACCGUUCUCUGCCACUCCACCCGGGACCCCACACCCAUGCCCUGUGGGAUGGCUCAGGGUGGGCAGCGUGGAGUCUAGUACCCUAAAUUGCCGGUUCCAGCAAGGGGAUUUGGCUGGGCAGGGGUGCAGAGGUCUAGCUCCUGCCACAGUCCCUUCUCCAGAGCAGCACCUCUGCUCUGACCCCUGUGUGGAGGGGCUGGCAGAGCAGCAGCCCCCUGUCCACAGUCUUGCUUUCUCCAGGGCACCUGGUGGGGCAAGUUUGCUGCCAAAAAAGCAAAAAAACCCAAACAAAAAAACCUAAAAAAAGAAAGAAAAAGCCAUAAUUUGUGGGUGCUCCCACGGGGCUGAGCACCACAACCCGGCACACCUGCAGCACCAGGGGCACCGGCUGCCCGGUCCCAGGGCACUGGGGCUGGAAGAGCCAAGGGGCCCUGCAAAGCCCCGCACCCUGGAGGAAAGAGCAGCCCCCGGUGCUGGCCGAAGCCCAGCAUCCAUCCGGGGAGAGGGCCAAACUGUCCCCGCCGCCGGCCCCUAGGGAGCAGGCGAUGCCACCAGCGCAGCCCUGGGUACCACCUCGCUGCCGGUGGAGAACAGGGGCCGAUACCGUUUCUGUGUUGCUCUGCCAAUGCCUCCCGCUGCUGGUUGUGACAAUGAUCAUGUUUUAUACCCGGCCUUGUUCUUACCCCCAUCAGUCUCCCCAAUAAAGAUUAUAUU